UUUUUUCGUUUUUAAUUGUAUUAUAUUUAGCAUAGCUGUUUUUGGCAUGUUCAAUUUGAACUACUUGUCCGAUGCCAUCAUAAAGAUCUAGAUUUAGCAAUUUAGGGUUGUGGAAUUUACCUAACAACACAGACAUCCUAUGAAUUAUGAAACACGAAAACAUCGUUAAGAAAAUAAAAUGCAAAGGCCAGGUAACAAAGCAGAUCAUAGAUAUGUUAUGGUGGUUGUGAUAUUAGGUUAUCCACCUAUGAGCAGCCUUAUAGUAUUACUUAUACCCCUAUACACACAUAUAUUUACAGUCACACAUAUAUGCAUCUAUAAAAGAAUAACAAUACAGGAAAACAAAAACUCAACUUAUUGAAAAACAUAAGGUUGCGUGAGUUAUGGGGAAGACGUCGACGAUGCUAUUUCUUUUCUAUCUCUGUAUAAUUGGGAUUUCAGUGAUAACAAGAUGCAAUGCAACGACAUACUUUGUGGGAGACACCUCUGGUUGGGACAUAAGCUCCGAUCUUGAAUCCUGGACUUUAGGCAAGAGAUUCUCUGUUGGUGAUGUUCUAAUGUUCCAAUACUCAUCGACGCAUAGUGUCUACGAAGUGGCAAAAGACAACUUCCAAAGAUGCAACUCUACAGACCCGAUCCGUACUUUCACAAAUGGGAACACGACCGUAGCUCUGUCCAAACCGGGAGACAGGUUCUUUCUCUGCGGUAACCGGCUUCAUUGCUUCGCUGGUAUGAGGCUACAAGUCAAUGUCGAAGGCAAUGGCCCAUCUCUGGCCCCUGUGGGAGCUCCCGGAGCUGCUCCCGUAGGAAUUCUUCAACCGUCUUCUAAGAAGAAUAACCCUGCGACCGGCGUUGCUAGCUCGGCUGCCCGCGUUGGUGGCUACGGUGGGAGGGUUAGUAUAGGGACUUUUGUAUAUCUGAUGGUUUUUGCUUUUCCAUUGUUAUGGACUUAUAUAUCGAGUAACAACUAAAAUAAGAGUUUUCAGUAUACAAUGCAUGCACGCAUAUAUGUAUUGGUUCGAUUAUGUGAAACUUUGGUUUAGUUACUUUGGUUUGGUGUAA